AGUCCGCCGGUCCCAGGUGGUAGGAGAGGCCGGCUUAAAUUUGGAAGCGAUUAAUUGCACGCACCAUCCCGUUCCCAUUCUAUCCAAUUGCUGUCGGCCCGAGUGCUCCUGUGGAUUGAUACUAACAUGGCCGUGACUGAAACCGCAAGUGACUUCACCUAUUCCAAAAUGAGAGGCAUCGUUGUAUUUCUAACUGCAUUUAUAAAGCAACGUAAAAUGGGCUUGAAUGACUUCAUACAGAAAUUGGUCUCUAACCCACAGAUUUGCCAGCACCCUGAUGUUCGGGUUUUCUUACAAAUUGACCAAAGCCAGCCAGAUGAAGCGGAUGCCUAUUGUAAUUCUAACAGAUCGAGCCUUGGUUCAGAAGAACUUGACCUUUCUACAACAUAUAGUGUGAAGCCUUCAGACUUUGACUACCUCCGAAUAAUUGGCAAAGGCAGCUUUGGAAAGGUACUUCUUGCCAAGCACAAAGAAACUGAGAAAUAUUUUGCAGUAAAAGUUUUGCAGAAGAAGAUGAUUCUGAAGAAGAAAGAGCAAAAACAUAUCAUGGCUGAACGCAGUGUCCUUUUGAAAAAUAUGAAGCACCCUUUCCUAGUAGGGCUUCACUAUUCCUUUCAAACUACAGACAAACUCUACUUUGUCCUGGACUAUGUGAAUGGUGGUGAGUUGUUCUAUCACCUUCAACGGGAACAUGUGUUCCUGGAGCCCAGAGCAAGGUUUUAUGCUGCAGAGAUUGCCAGUGCUCUAGGCUACCUCCAUUCCCUGCAUAUUGUUUACAGAGACUUGAAACCUGAAAACAUUCUCCUGGACUCUCAGGGCCACGUAGUGCUGACGGAUUUUGGCUUGUGCAAAGAAGGAGUAGAACCAAAUGGAACUACUUCCACAUUUUGUGGUACCCCAGAGUAUUUGGCACCUGAAGUGUUACAGAAGCAAUCUUAUGAUCGAACAGUUGAUUGGUGGUGCCUAGGAUCUGUGCUGUAUGAAAUGCUGUAUGGAUUGCCCCCGUUUUACAGCCGGAACACAGCUGAAAUGUACAACAAUAUUCUACACAAGCCACUUCAGCUUAAACCCAAUGUCUCAAACUCUGCCCAAGAACUCUUAAUAGGACUGCUCCAAAAAGACAGAAUGCAGCGACUGGGGGCAGAGAAUGACUUUAUGGAACUGAAGCUUCAUUCAUUCUUUUCACCAAUAAAUUGGGAUGACCUUGUGGCUAAGAAAAUCUCUCCUCCAUUUGUACCAACAGUGUUUGGACCAACUGAUCUUCAACACUUUGACCCAGAAUUUACCCAACAACCAGUUCCAACCUCAGUUGCAAGUUCACCUGAAGACUUUCUGAUUACAGCCAGUGCUCAAGAGGCUGCUGAAGCUUUCCUUGGAUUCUCCUAUGUUCCUCCUGGAGAUGGUACCUACCUAUAAUAAAUGAGGUCAACUAUAAUGCCCUUGUGUUUUAAAUAGCAAAGAACAAUCGAGGUAGAAACCUUCUCCAUAUUGUGCACCUUACAUGAGAGCUGUCCUCUCAAUCUCCUUUUUGAAGAGUUUCUCUGUAGGGAGUAAGAAUCUUCCUAUGUAGAGUUCAGGAAACAACUUCAGAGAAUAGAUCCUGUCAACUUGCUGUUCAAAGUUUUUGAUAUGAACUUUGUGUACACAAUUUUCCCUUUCAGAUUGACAACACUAUACAAAAAAGGACUUCAUGAAUGACUAAGUAGUACAUUCUUCAGAGUUAAUCAUGGUAGAUGACGUCUACCCAACCAGCAAAGUAUGUCAAAUAUUGUACCAACAAAGCUCUAUCAAUUUGAGCCACUAAUUAGCAGUCCUCUUCAGAUUUUUGAAUGAAAGAAUUUGGCAGAAAGAGAGCAGCAUAUGUGAAGGAAAAUGGCAUUUGCUCACACUCAAUCCCAUCCACAAUUACCCUCAACAGACAGGAAAAUGUCAAGUCUGGUCAUUCACUGAAUUAAUGACAAUAGUUAGGACCACUUGCACAAAGAAAAUUAUACCAGCAUAUCUAGACUUUACAAAUCUCCUUACACCAGAGUAUAUUUUAUUAUUUUAGACAGAAGUUGUGACACUUGAGGAAAUUGUUGGUAUUGCAUGGACUGAACUUUUUUAGACAGCAAAAUUGUAUUGAAACAAAGUUGAACAGCAGUUACUAUAAGAUGUUAACCUUUGACCCACUGAAGACCACAGUUAGUCUUUCUGCACAAAAUGUAAUGCAGUUACUUGGCUAUCAGGUUGGAUAAACACUCUGUACCAAAUUGUUCCUAAUUCUCUUGACUUUUCAUUACAGGAUAGGAAUCAAUCUUGAAGAUUUUCUUUUAAAUCCAAGAUGACUAUCGGGCCAUCACGAUAUAUCAAAUCUGUCAAUUCAAUCAAUCUGAGUGGCAUUUAAAAGGCAGAUGCUGUAGGAGGAAGGAUAGAUUUUGAAAGGUGGGGGAAGAAUGUGAUUUUUUUUUUUUUUAAAAAGUAUUUGUUUCUUUAUAGCAAUGAUAGGGAAUAGAUUGUCCAAAUUGUUGCAUUUGUAAUGCAGUUGGAAGAAGUUCACGUGAUACUGAUAAGACCAUCCUUAUGGGAUGCGGCAGUAACAUUAACUCAUUCUGCUGGUACACAACUGAGGUUGCAAUCUAGAAGUAACUAUUCAGCAGCUUUUUUAAGGGUUAAAUACCUGCUGUCUUGAUAUUUCUUUCACAUUUGAAAGAUUUCUAAUUUUAUUUACAUAUGUAAAUAAAAGGAUUCCUUGGAAAAAGCUGAGGUGAGAGCAGUAUUUAAAAUGUGGUACAUUUCUUUGAAACUGAAAUAUUUAUUUUCAAAAUACUAGUAGUACUGAAUUUGAAGUGCUGUAGUUGCCUUGUGAAGCUUAGUUUUCAGUUGUAUCACUGGCAAAGAUGAUAGGUGUGUUUUAAUGAUGAGUUGACUCAUUGUCGCAAGCAUUCUUAAUGCCUGUAACUCUUCGAAUGCCCAAUUCCUUUUAGAAAAAGCAAUGUACCUUCCAUAACUUUAGGAUACAUUAUUAGCACCAGGAUCUGUUUGAAAUGAAUGAAGAAUACUGCACUAUCGUAAAUUAUUUUGCCCAUAGGGUGGUGAUUCUGGCAUGUUUUCAGCUUAGUACCCAAAACUAGGUUUAAUACUAAAGUGCAAAUUUAAUGUUUUGGGGGGGGGGGGGGGGGGGAAGGAAUAGCAGGGAGAAAGAUUUGGUCUGUCAAUAUUCCAAAUUUUAUUCCAAAUGAAACAGCAAUUUUUGCUACAUGUAGCUACCACUUUUUUUUACCUUGCCUGUACUCCAAAUCUGAAAAGGUAAUCUUGAUUAGCUUUUGUGCACAUGGGUUUGUGGAGGACUGUCCUAAAGAGUUUAGUACAUAAAGAUAUUAAUAUGUACAUCCAAAUAAAAGGAAUACACAUGAAAUUAAGAUUUGUAGAUAUGUUGCAUCAUUAUAAAAUGAGAUGCCAUCUGUUGAACCUGAGAAUUGCAACAUGUAUUUCAAAUCUUGUUAUAAUUUAUAAUGGACAAAUUGAUUGAACCAAUAAACUGAUCUUUGUUGCAAGGAA